ACAGCAACUCGCUUGACCUGAGGUGAAGAAAAUUUAUCAAGAACAAAUUCAAUUUGAAGUCGACAAAAUGCGCUGCGCAAAAUCAGAGCUGACAGUUCUUCUCGGUGUCGGAAUAUUUCUCGCUGGUUCUAUUUCCCUAAUUACGAUAACGAUGCAAAAAAUAUUUCCUGCUCGUGAAGAGCAAACCUUUAAAGAAAUAAACUGUACGAUUGUAUCAGGAGACAUGAACGCUACAACAAAAUGCUCCAAUAAAAAUCAAGAGGGAAGCUAUCCGUGCCUCCGGAUAUAUGUUCUGUGUGGCAAAGAUAAGAUCAAAGAGAAUCCUUCGUUGGAGAGCACACAGCCCCGUUUAUUAAGAAAGGAUUUCUACAGCUUGCAAAAACAGUGCACUUUACCGCCAGAACAGUGUAGUGACAAGAAGACUAACAAGCAUCCCUUGAAGAAGUUAUUUCACAGUGGUAAUCCUGUAGGAUCAAACCUCCACUGCUUUUACAACCCAAGUGAUCCGGAACAAAUCGUCAGCCAGAAAGCUUCCAAGGAAAGCUACAACAAAAUGGUGCUGAGUAAUGUGGUUUGGCCGCUGGCCGUUAUACUGUUAGCGGUGAUUGUUACUGCGGGAGCUGCUUGUUUCCUCGCUACACGGCCUCAAGCCGGUUAUGAAAAGUUAGAGGGAGUGACCAGUGCUUCGCUUUAUCAAACACUUUGAAAGAACAAGUGCUAUUCAUAUCACUAUCCUGGACCAUGAUGACUUUCUUCUCCACAAUGUGUGCUCGUUUGGGGUCGAAGUGAGAACGGUGCUGAAUCUUAGAAUUAUAACAGAUGGAAAGGACAUGGGUUGUGACAAGUCAUGAUCUGUAUCUCUGAGCAACGAGUUGAUACAUUGAAUUUUGGCCGACAGAAAAAGAGAAGGCGACUGAUAGAGACUGCGUAAGCUGAAGUCGUUUACUUCACAGAUCGAGCGGACUUUUGGCUGUACCGUUUACGUUCAAGACUGUUGAAUUCGGACAGACUGUAAUAACUACGAUCAAUAGAGCAACAAAAGAGCCAAAGUUGUGAAAAUUAAGGAAUGUUGAAAUUGUGACAAACCAUUAUAAAUUAUUAUGUAAAUAUAUUGUAUCAUUCAAUAUGAUUGCAUAGCAUUUCAUCAUAGCUUUAUCGAAAAGAAGAUAUUGCGAAAUAAAG